AGCGGUUUGCUUCAUCAAAGCAACAAGCGCAGAGUUUUGGAGAGACGUGUGAGCACAAGCCAGUUGAUUCAACAGUAGCCUCCUGACGACAGGCAGGGGUCUGCGAGGAGAGAAGAUGGCAAGGCAGGGCGCAGCCUCCAUGUUGGCUACAGCAUUGCUCCUCGGGGUCUUUGCCAACGUCGCUCCAAGCGUGGAGUCCAUCGGGGUGUCCUACGGCAUGAGCGGCGACAACCUGCCGCCGGCGAGCACCGUGGUCGGCAUGUACAAGGCCAACGGCAUCCCGCUGAUGCGGAUCUACGCGCCGGACCAGGCGGCGCUCGAGGCCGUGGGCGGAACGGGCAUCCGCGUCGUCGUCGGCGCGCCCAACGACGUGCUCUCCAGCCUCGCCGCCAGCCCCGCCGCCGCCGCCGCAUGGGUCCGCAACAACAUCGCGGCCUACCCCGAUGUCACCUUCCGCUGCGUCUGCGUCGGCAACGAGGUCGAAGGCGGCGCGGCCCAGAACCUGGUCCCGGCCAUGGAGAACAUCCGCGCCGCGCUCGCCGCCGCGGGGCUCGACGGCAUCAAGGUCACCACGUCGGUGUCGCAGGCCAUCCUGGGCGGGUACAAGCCGCCGUCCGCCGCCGAGUUCACUGACGAGGCCCAGGGGUUCAUGGGCCCCGUCCUCGAGUUCCUGGCCCGCACCGGCGCGCCCCUCAUGGCCAGCAUCUACCCCUACUUCACCUACGCCACCAACCCGUCCGCCAUGGACCUCAGCUACGCGCUCUUCACCGCCCCGGGCACUGUCCUGCAGGACGGCACCUACGGGUACCAGAACCUCUUCGAUGCCACCGUCGACUCCUUCUACGUGGCGAUGGCCAACCACGGCGGCGCCGGCGUGACCCUCGUCGUGUCGGAGAGCGGGUGGCCGUCCGCCGGCGGAGUCGCGGCGUCGCCGGAGAACGCGGCCCUCUACAACCAGAACCUCAUCAACCACGUCGGCCGGGGAACGCCGCGCCACCCGGGCGCCAUCGAGACCAUCCUCUUCUCCAUGUUCAACGAGAACCUCAAGGAGAGCGGCGUGGAGCAGAACUGGGGCCUCUUCUACCCCAACAAGCAGCGCGUCUACCCCAUCAGCUUCAACUGAUGAAGCUAGCUUAUUAGCUCUCUCGAGCUCCACGUCGUACUCCAUCCUCUCGAUCUACUACUCACCGUACAUCAAUAAGUAUAUACGUAUACGUAUAUAUGCAACAUUUAUAAUUCUGCAUCCCAGGAGGUUGUGUAUUGUAAUGGGAUUGCUUUGCGACCACUGGGAGUACCGAAUGCUACUCUCAGAUGCGUACGCCUUGAGGAUUAUUCUUACCUCGAGAGAUCAUGCAUGGUACAAACGACUUGUGAUCAAUUAUUGUACUGUUUCGCAUUUUAUAUAUUCAUUUAAUUCAUUUUCUCA